GGGAGUGCUUCCUGGCGGCGAGCGAAUCUGACGUCUGGGUCCCGUCCGAGUUGGCUGUGGUCCCCGAGUGCCGACACUCGCGGAUCCGCGUGUUCAUCUCUCGCGUGGCGAUUAUGCGGAUUUCAGCAUGAAGCAUCGAUGAAGUGCCACGGCGAGGCAAAUAAGUGCGCAAAAAGUGAAGUCUUCGGCAGAGUGACGUCCGGUACAUAAUGGAAACACCGCACGGUUAGUGUUGAGCAAAACAAUGUGAAUUAUGCAAACGAUACUGUGAUGAAAUCGUUGAGCUGCUUGACACAUCAAUGCAACAGUGUCGCGCUUGCGACCAUUGUGUUCCUGCUAACGGCGAUGAUCGACGUACGAGAGCAAACGGUGUUGACGGAACAUCCGCCGGCUGCAGAGGAUGUACAAGAUUCUAAACAAAUCAUCUCAAACAGUGGAAUCCAAUCUCCAACAAUGUCAGCACCGCUGUCAACACCGUCAACCGACUCUGCGCCGUUGUCGACGCCCUCGGCGGCUCCGUUGCCAGCCUCGCAGGCCGUGUCAACGUUACAAAUGGCAACACUGUCAUUUCCGUCGCCGUUGACAGUGUCUGCGGAAAGUCUCAUCCAAAGCGUAACAUCAGCAGGUACGGACAGUCCAACACGUCUGCACCGCGAGUCAUCAGCUGUCAUAGGGACGGGAUCGGCGGGCCCGCUGACGACAGCAGGCACGACGGUGACUUCUGGAACGCAUCCUGUCCCGACCGUGCACGACGAUAGUUUCGGGUCGGAGUCAACGGUGGCCCAGAGUGGCGGAAGUAGCACUUUUACCCGUCACACCACAUUUCGACCAUUGCUCAUACCUACGUUACCUGAUGUGAGACGUAGUCGAGUAGUCCAUUCGAUGCCUUAUCAGAGCAAGCAUCACCACGAGCGUCACUGGGGUCCUUUUUUCGAGGAACCGGUCAAUGUGACUUCCGGAGCCGCCCUGCAGGUCGGAUAUCAUUUAUCAACGGAAGCAAUCCUCAACUGUAGGGUAGGAAUGCUUAAAGAUAAAACGGUCAUGUGGAUCCGGAGGACCACCGAUAAGGUGUCGUUACUCACCGUCGGCAAUAAUACGUACAGCGGGGAUCCUCGGAUAAAGGUCAAAUUUCAAUAUCCCAAUAAUUGGAGGCUACAUAUCAAGCCGAUCAAAUCUGAUGACGCCGGUCUGUACAUGUGCCAAGUGUCGACACAUCCGCCCCGAGUCUUUGCCACGAAUCUCACCGUUGCAGAGCCCGCUGUACGGAUAGUGGACGAGAUGGGCUACGAGUUCGAUGAUCGUUAUUACAAAUUAGGCAGCACGAUCGAUAUAUCAUGCCAAGUGUCGAUGUCGUAUUUGAGCAGCCUUCCGCCGAGCCCUCCGAGUGUAGGUUCCCACCAACGGUCGAAGGCCGCUGCUGUUCCACCAGCGAACGCUCUGCUCCUACCGGUGUCUGGAGACGAGCUGUCCAAAUACGACUCACGGCGCAGCAAAGAGAGUAACAAAUUGUCGGAUACGACAGAAAGUGGACUGAUUAGCUGGAAGAAGGAUGGCGCUGAGCUGCCGAAGGAUAUCAAGCUGAGUUUUAGCGGAACCAAGCAGUGGCUCAUCAGCCGGAUAUCGAUUCUGCAGGCGAACCGAUUUCACAAUGGCGUCUACAACUGUACCGUCGCUGGCAGGCAGAGCACGUCGGCCCAGGUGCAGGUCCUGAACGGUGAAACACCGGCCGCCGUUCAGCAUAAUUUUGGCCAUCGCAUCGAGGCGGCGUUCGAAUUCCGAGCGACAAUCGUGCUGAUGAUAACCUGGAGUCUCCUUCUGCAUAUCGACAGGAUACAGGUGUCCGGUGUCCUCGGUUCGUAAUCGAUACGACAACAACCCCUUUGUUCACUGUUGCCCCAUUGCUGUUCUUGGAUCACAUUCUUGCAGUUAAAGGAUGAUUGAAUGGAGCAGAAUGCUGUUUCUGGAAUGAGUUUCAGCAAGUUCAAGUUGUGUUCCAUGCAGGCAUCUUUCACCACAAAACACCGACUUGGGUCCCGGUAUUUACAGCAACCGGUCAAGCAGUGUCCAAGUGUUGUCUAUUAUUAUUUAAAGUAAACUAUUGUUCAUCUUUCACUUACGAAUCUGAUUUGAUAAUAACAUAACAGGUGACUUGAGGAACACAAGUUUAGCUACGAUGGACAGUGAAUGUUUUACGAAUGGUAUAUCGUACUGUCAACAUAACACGAAACUGAACCCGGCCCGACACAGACGUAUUUUUAAUGAUAAUCGUUAAAAACUGUCCGUGGCAAGAACCCCACGAAUUAUUGAUUUCAAAUUGAGAAAAAAAGGUUUACAUUGUACAUACAAUAAGUUGCUAGGUAAUGAAACGAAAUAUUGAUACUCUAUGUAAAAAGUGUAACAGUUUAGUCGAAGUUGCUUUAGUUUCGGAUAUUUGCGAAAUUUUUAUGAGAUGUUUUGGAAAGAUUUAAUCGGAAGAAGAUUGUGUUAGUUCACUUCAACCUAUCUACGUUUUGACUUAUCCACAGUCUUUAACUGCAAUAAGAGUACAAUAACAGGCAAAUGAGAAAAAAAGGUUUAUGUUGAAGCAGUUCCUGAAAAUGUACCGUGCCGCUAGCGAUGAAGCGACUACUACCUGUGCAUACACAUUACGUUUUAAACUAAUAAAGAAACAACCGUCAUUUACGAACAGCAUACAGCAAAUUGCAUAAUACCCGUAUAGCCAAAUAAGAAUACCGUGAAACAACUCUGGAGGCAAACGAGGCAAAGCGAGCGAAAGACAACAAAUAAGCCAGCGCCACAAUGACGGUCACGGUCGCGGGAAACACAAAACGCACGUCAUUCGAGCAGUUUGCCUAAAAAAGAAAAAAACUGUACACGAACAGAAUCAGAAUUGGGUCACGAUCGAACGAAACGGCACUGAAAUCAAACACAAGGUAGUGUACAUCAUCAAGUCUAAAUUUUAUGUUGUGAACGAAGCAAUUUAAAAAUCAAACAUGAAACUAGUUUAUCUAAGAUGUCAAAAUGUCUGGAGUUUCAA